AUGCUUUCUUGGCUAACACCCUUACUUUCGGUCUGGUUCCUGAUGCUCCAUGCCGUGGCUUACGAUAAUUCGCGAAGCGACAACGUGAGUCCCUACUGGGGACAGAAUUCGUAUGGAGCCACCCACAGUGACAUUGCGAACUAUCAAAAGAAUCUCUCUUCGUACUGCCAGGAUGAUUCGAUCGACGCAAUUCCUUUGGCAUUUCUCAACGUAUUCUUCAGUGAUGGUAACUUGCCUUCUAUCGACCUCUCGAACAUCUGCAGCACUGUCGACUCUCCUAUCUUUCCGGACACGAAUCUUCCUGACUGCUCAUUCAUUGCGUCGGAUAUACAGACCUGCCAGUCCAAAGGCAAAAUUGUCACGAUCUCACUAGGGGGUGCGACUGGCGGCGCAGGGUUUUCCUCAGCAGAUCAGGCCACCUCGUUUGGCGAUACCAUCUGGAACCUAUUCCUUGGUGGGACGAGCGAUACCCGUCCUUUCGGCAGCGCUGUUCUCGACGGUAUUGACUUGGACAUCGAAGGUGGCUCCACUCAGUACUUCGACUCGUUCGUGAACCGCAUCCGCACCCUUGCACAAGGCUCGAGCAAGCAGUAUUAUGUCACCGCUGCUCCUCAGUGCCCAUUCCCGGAUGCCUACCUUUCCACGGUUUUGAACGCCGUCGCAUUCGACGCUGUCUACGUGCAGUUCUACAAUAACUUCUGCGGACUGACGAACUAUAACAACCCUAACGCAUGGGACUUCGACCAGUGGGACACCUGGGCAAAGACAGUCGCGAUCAACAAAGACGUCAGGGUUUACAUCGGUGCUCCCGCUUCCCCUUCUGCUGCCGGCUCUGGAUAUAUCGACGCAGCUACCCUGGGCAAGAUUGCCGUUGCGACGCGCAGCAACUAUUCCUCGUUCGGCGGUAUCAUGCUCUGGGACGCUUCGCAAGCAUUUGCGAACGAUCGCUUCGACCAAGCUAUCAAGAACGCGGUUCGUCAGGGUGGCAGCGGCGGUGGCGGCGCGACCUCUAGCCCCGUCACCGUCUCUGUUCCUUCCACCACUAUGAGGUCUAUAUCAAGCCCAGUCUCUAGCACGACGGUAGACUCUGCGACGACUACACUCUCGACGACGAGCGCCAUCUCCUCUACCCAAGUCUCCCUCACGACGCCUGUCUCCUCCGCGACGUCAGUUUCUGCUACGACUGCACCUUCAAUCACGAUCCCGGUCUCCAUCACAUCUACGCCCAUCAGUACGCCAUAUACCACAUCCUUCGCGUCAAGCACUACUGUAAGCGCAAGCUCAUGCGCAAACGCCGCCUCCUGGAUCGCCCAGACCGCCGUGAGUCCCCCCAAGUGUCCAUAG